UGGUGCGGCUAGCUCUAAGAAUAACCCAGGCAGGCAGGGCAGAAUAGCCUGGGUUAAGGUUACCUUGAAGCCUCUGUCCCGUCCUAAGCUUCCUGAUCUACACCAAUCAUGGGCAGGGGAAACUUUUAGGCUGGAUCCCGAACUCUCCACUGGCCGGCCCUGGAACUUUUCCCCUCGACUUUUUGCUCUCUUCCUGGACAUUAACUGAACCUCUUCAGAGAUCCUGAGACUGUGACCCUUUGAAUUAUUUUAAAUUGUGAUUCUUUAGGGGGGAUUUAACAUCCAGUCCAGACACCAGGUGUAAUAUAUUUAGGGUCUCUUUGCAUGGUCCCAUCCUCUCCUUGACGAUCAGGACUCAGAACAGGAUUAGCCCUGAGGCGCUGCAUGUAUGUUUUUCAACACAACUCUGUUGCUGAAAUUACAUUUUCAAAACUGCCAUGACUGAGGGAGUCGAAGGUACAGUAUCUACACAAGUCUAACGCAAUCCUUCACCACAACCAUGGUCAUUGAGAGCAAAAAUGGAGAGGCAGGACACCCCCCAGCCAGGGUGACCAAGAGGACCGCGACUGACGACCUGUACACCACCUUCAGUUCACCUAUGGCCUGGAUCCUGGUCGUAGCCCUGGUCGUCACCUGGUCUUGUGUGGCCAUCAUCAUGUUUGACCUGAUGGACUACAAGGGCCUCACAGAUCAUACAUUAUACUGUGACGACCCCUGUUUGCCACCUGGGGUCUCCCCACCUCCCGCUGUCAGGAAAGUAAUUAAGGAUGCAGGAAGGUCUAGAGGAAGCAUUCAGCAUAUCAGCUCGGACCCCAUGAAAGUGGUGAACGAGGCGGUGGAGGAGUCCACUGACUGGGGCAAACUGCUUCUGACCUUUGUCUCCAGCCUGGUAGCACCCGAGGAGGAGGAAAUCGAAGGUGAGCUACAUCCAGUUAAGAAAAAAGCUGCAUUCCUACCGUCCAGAAAACAAGUUGCAGGGAUGUUUGCCGAGGAAAAGGAACCAGUUGCGGAAGUAGAGGAGGAGGAGGAGGAAGAGGAAGAUGAUGUAGAUGAAGUGGAAGAUGAGGAAGAGGAUGGAGAGGAUGAGGAUAUGGAAGAAGAGGAUGAAGAUGAGGAAGAAGAUGAUGAGGAUGAGGAAGAGGAGGAAGAAGAUGAAGAAGAGGAGGAAGAGGAUGAGGAAGCAGCAGCUGAGGCCGAGGUAGAUGAGGAUGAUGAUGAUGAUGAUGGUGAUGAUGGUGAAGCAGAUGAAGAGGACUCUGCUGCAGCGACUGAAGAAGAUGAUGAUGAGGACGAAGAGGUGGCUUCGGAGGCUGAUGAUGAGGAGGGUGAUGAUGAGGAGGAAGAAGUUCCUACAGAGGCUGAUAAAGAGGAGGAGGAUGAUGAGGAGGAGGAAGAGGCUGCUCCACAUGCUGAUUAUGAGGAUGAUGAGGAGGAGGAAGAGGCUACUCCACAGGCUGAUGAUGAGGAGGAGGAAGAGGCUGCUCCAGAGGUGGCUGCUGCCGAGGCUGAUGAUGAGGAAGAGGAGGAGGAAGAAGCAGCUGCAGCUGAUGAGGUGGCAGAGGAAAAUGAAGGUGAAGAUGAAGCUGCUGCAGAGGUCAUUGCUGAGAUUGAUGAGGAUGAGGGCCCCAUUCUGAUUGAUGUUGAUGACACAGAGACAGACACUUCUGUUGGAGAUAUUGGAGAGGAGGAUGACACCAUAGCUGAAGCUGAAACUGAAGCAAUUACAGAUGAGGAUGCCAGUGAUGCUGCUGCUGCUUCCACUGAUGAUGAUGGUGAUAAUGAAGAGGAUGAAAAUGCUGUAGCUGGUCCUGCUGCUGCCAGUGAUGAAGCCACAGAUGAUGCUCCUGUUUCGACUGCAGAUGAUGAUGAUGAUGAUGAUGAUGUUGAUGAGGAAGAUCAUAGCAUAGAUGUUGACCAAACAGAUGAUGAUACUAAACCCAUUGACCUAGAAGAUGACGAUGAUAAUCUUGCUGAUAGUGAGGAUAUGGAUAUCUCAGACACAUUAGCUGAGGAUACAACUGAUGACUCAGAUUUAGAGGACACUGAUGAUGACGAUGAUGGCAAAGUCAGUGAGGACAGUGGUGCCGUCGUUGAUGACGAUGACAAUGACAAAACAGUCGAGGAUUCAGGAGAGACUGUUAGAGAAGCCGCAGACAUUUCUGAUGACACAGAAGACGAUGAUGAUGAUGAUGUUGAUGAUGAUGAGGUGAAGGAUUCAGCUGAAGAGAUCGGCAAAGAAGAUGACGAUGAGAAUAAUGAGAUCAUAACCGAAGCCUUUGAUAGCUCAGCACCUGAAGAAGAUGAUCUAUCCAAGGAUGAUGACGAUGACGAUGAUGACAUUGAUGACCUUCUUUUGACAGAACUAAAGGUCAAGCAAGCUACUCCUCCUCCAGAACAAGUAGUGUGCCCUUGUAUGCAUUCGUCCAAGCCCAAAGAGGCCACAAGUGAGCCAACGGAGGGGAAAGAGGCAGAGCCCCCUAAAAAGGAACCAGUAAUGAGAGCUAAGAGAGAGCGUGACAUGUGCAGGCCAGUUGACAAGCCAAAAAGGAGAGAGGCUGCAAGGAAAUUGGAAUUAGAAGCGGCGAUCAGGAAGAGAGAACUAAGACUUAAAAAGGAAGCGAAGGCCACAAAGGAAGAGUCUCAACAUGUAGAUGCUGGGGUGCCUGCACCUGCACCUGCACCUGCGCCAGUUCCCGCCUGUCAACCCACACCAGUCUACUGGCCAUCAUCAUCUCCUGGCUGGUAUUUGCAUCAUAUAUUCACAGACAAUCCAUUUCCACCUACAACUAUGACAGCUCAUCCAGCUCAGCCAUUUUACCAAGCUCCUCCAGCUUAUCAAGCUCCUCCAGGUUAUCAAGUUUAUCAAGCUCCUCCAGCUUAUCAAGCUCCUCCAGCUCAACCAGCACCAGCUCAACCAGCACCAGCUCAACCAGCUCAACCAACAACUCCAGUUCUACCGGCUGAACCAGCACCUGCACCAGCACCUGGACCUGCACCAGCUCCUGCACCAGCUCCAUUGACUCAAGAACCACAGGCUCCCAAAGAAAAGGCUGCCUCCACAAAGAAGGUUCCAAAGGAAAAGACCAAGGCAGCUGCCUCAAAGACGGAGUCUCCUAAAGGAAAAGUUAAGACGCAAGAACUUGCGGUGUCCAAAGGGAAGUUCAAACCAGCUGUUGUGAAGAAAGGAGCUGUUGUCGCUGAAGAAAAGACAAAACCUUCCACGACAAAGAAAGUUUCAGAGGUUGUUGUUUCCAAAGAUAAAGCUAAAACAACAACUGCCAAGAAAGAUCCUGUGGAAAAGGACAAGGACAAAAUAACUCCUACAAAGAAAGAGCCUGCAAUCUCCAAAGAAAAAGUCAAGGCAACCACUAGCCAGACAACCACACCCUCUACCAAGAAAGUUGUUUUCGAACCCGAGGCCCCUAAAGAGAAAGCCACUCCAAGAGUCCCCACUAUGAGAAAAGGUAACCACACAAAUGUAGUGGUGCCAAUGGCAAAAGCCACCGGAAGAGUUGUCGCUAUAAGACCCACGUCUACGAGAAAAGCCAAAGCUAAAGCCACACACUCUGUGAAGACGGCCCAGCCCACUAAACCACAUAAAGCUGAGAAGGCUGAGAAUACUAAAAAGACUGAGAAGGCUGAGAAGACUGAGAAGACUAAGAAGACUGAGAAGGCUGAGAAGACUGAGAAGGCUGAGAAGACUAAAAAGACUGAGAAUACUGAGGAGACUGAGAAGACUAAAAAGGCUGAGAAGGCUGAGAAUACUGAGGAGACUGAGAAGGCUGAGAAGACUGAGAAUGCUGAGAAGUCUGAGAAGACUAAGAAGACUGAGAAGGCUGAGAAGAAAUCUGUGAAAGAGUCUCAAGAAAAAGAAGUAAAGACCCCUGGUAAAGCAAAAGAUUCUCAGACUGAGGAGAGUGCCCCGGACAAGAAGACGUCUGGUCAAACAUUCUUGCAGUGUGUUUUUAUUGGUGGAAAGAGUGCCCACUAUCCUUUGCUACCUUCCACCCCUGGUGUGACCCCUGUGUCGAUGAGCCCAGCCAUGCAGUCCAUGAUGAUGCAGCAGGUGCAGCAGCAGAAAGCCCGAUCAGUGGGACAGUAGACGAGCUCCUCACCCCUAUGCUGCUCCCUCAUCUCAGUCUGCACUUCAACCUUAACCAGCAGGUGGCGCUGCUUGUAUUUACUGCUGGCCCACUGGCUUCUUAUUAGAAAACGGAUGACAAUCAGGAACUAAAGGGGAAGGAUGGAUGGACAGUACAGUAUUAUUUAUUUUUCUAUGACCGGUCGAGCUCCCGUGAGUUUCUAAGCCCCUAAUUUCAUUUCCUUUAGUUGUGGCUUUGCUGCUUUUUCAACACUCUUAGAAAAACGGUUACAAAAGGGAUCUUUGGCCGUCCCAAUAGGAGAACCCUUUUUGGUUCCAGGUAAAACCGUUUUUGGUUCCAAGUAGAAACAUUUUGGGUUCCAUGUAGGACCCUCUGCGGACAGUGUUCUACAUGGAACCCAAAAGGGUUAUACUUGGAACCAAAAUGGUUCUACCAACAAGGGUUCUUCAAAGGGUUAUUCUAUGGGGACAGCCGAAUAACCCUUUUAGGUUCUAGAUUACACUAUUUUUUGUAAGAGUGUAGCGCUCAGUGUUGAAUUCUUUGUGAUCUAUGUUUUCCUGUAUUUCUCUGUGUUCUGAUAUAUUUAUUAUGAAAGGAGUGUAGGUUAUGGAUACAUCACCUUCAGCAGCAAAUGGAAUUGAUCAUUUCUGUACAUUUCAACCAAAUGCAAUGUACACAUGCAUAUCAUUUGUAUUUUAGCUGAAGUUCAAUGUACUGUAUAUAAUGCACAUCUUGAUGUUACAUCUUGUCAUUUACGUUUGUCGAAUGGUUACGUCACACCAUUAUUUUUGUUACAUCACAACAUUCAUCAAGUUAAUGAUUUCAAUACUUGUGUGUACAUUGAUUUUUGGGCCAUACAUCUAUGGCACUCGGAUAUAAAUGGAGUUAGGAGUUUCA